UUCCGUAGACCGGGAGUGCGCGGAGACGUUCACGAUUGAGUUGCGUGUCUCUGUCUGCAGUUCUUGAGACUGUGAAGUCCGUGGCGGCAGUGACUACUGAAAGAUAAGUUUUAAAAAUGAGCAGAAGCUACAAUGAUGAGCUCCAGUUUCUGGAUAAAAUCACGAACAACUGCUGGCGCAUUAAGAAAGGUUUUGUCCCCAACAUGCAGGUUGAGGGUGUCUUUUACGUAAAUGAUUCCUUGGAAAAACUGAUGUUUGAUGAGCUUAGAAAUGCCUGCAGAGGAGGAGGUAUUGGAGGAUUCCUUCCUGCAAUGAAACAAAUUGGUAAUGUGGCAGCAUUACCUGGGAUUGUUCACCGAUCAAUUGGACUUCCAGAUGUUCACUCAGGUUAUGGGUUUGCUAUUGGAAACAUGGCUGCGUUUGACAUGGACAAUACAGAAGCUGUUGUCUCUCCAGGUGGUGUGGGAUUUGAUAUCAAUUGUGGUGUCCGGCUGCUGCGUACAAACCUUGAUGAAGGAGAUGUUCAGCCAGUUAAGGAACAGCUGGCUCAAGCCAUGUUUGAUCAUAUUCCAGUUGGUGUGGGCUCCAAGGGUGUUAUACCAAUGAAUGCCAAAGACCUGGAUGAAGCUCUAGAAAUGGGAAUGGACUGGUCUCUAAGAGAGGGCUACGCCUGGGCGGAGGAUAAAGAACACUGUGAAGAGUAUGGCAGGAUGUUACAAGCAGACCCCAGCAAGGUCAGCUCAAAAGCGAAGAAACGAGGCCUGCCACAGUUGGGUACCCUGGGUGCUGGAAAUCAUUAUGCUGAAGUUCAGGUUGUUGAUGAAAUUUACAAUGAUUAUGCUGCUAAGAAGAUGGGAAUUGAUCACAAAGGACAAGUUUGUGUCAUGAUCCACAGUGGCAGUAGAGGUCUUGGUCAUCAGGUGGCUACAGAUGCCUUAGUUGCAAUGGAAAAGGCAAUGAAGAGAGAUAAAAUCAUUGUGAAUGACCGUCAGCUUGCUUGUGCACGAAUAACAUCUGCAGAAGGGCAAGAUUACUUGAAGGGCAUGGCUGGAGCUGGAAACUAUGCUUGGGUGAAUCGAACCUCCAUGACCUUUCUUACCCGACAGGCUUUUGCAAAAGUUUUUGGCACUACCCCUGAUGACCUGGACAUGCAUGUAAUCUAUGAUGUAUCCCAUAAUAUCGCUAAGGUGGAGGAACACGUGGUAGAUGGUAAACAGAGGACUCUUCUGGUGCAUAGGAAAGGUUCCACUCGAGCCUUCCCUCCUCAUCAUCCUCUUAUUGCUGUUGAUUACCAGCUGACUGGACAACCUGUUUUAAUUGGCGGUACAAUGGGUACGUGCAGUUAUGUUUUGACUGGUACAGAACAAGGGAUGACAGAAACCUUUGGAACCACCUGCCAUGGAGCUGGUAGAGCGCUGUCUCGUGCCAAAUCCCGAAGGAACUUAGAUUUCCAAGACGUUUUAGACAAACUGGCAGACAUGGGAAUUGCCAUUCGUGUUGCUUCACCUAAACUAGUAAUGGAAGAGGCACCUGAAUCUUACAAAAAUGUGACUGAUGUUGUGAACACGUGUCAUGCUGCUGGCAUCAGCAAAAAGGCCAUCAAACUGCGGCCAAUUGCAGUGAUCAAAGGUUAAGUUUGGAUUGACUCCUUAGCACAAAUGGUUAUUACUUUGUUUGACACUUUUUCUGGGUUUGUGUUUACAUAACACAAAGGAGAUUGGGUACUCUGUGUUUUUCCCCAUUGUCUAAAAUGUAAGCUUUCUUUACCCUGCAAAAAAAUUAAGAUGCCAAGUUUGAAUAUUUAUUUUAUUAGAAGACAAAUGUAUUAAAAAUAAUUAUGCAUUACCUAUAACAAAAAGACUGUACCCAGCAUUACUUUUUGGGGGCAAAGAAUAUGAAUUGGUCUGUGCACCAGAUUCAUUUUUGGUUUAAUAAAAUCAUUUUGCAUCAAGAUAUCCAGAUACAAAUGAUAAUUUCUCUUUUUUUAUUAUGAGUUAAUUAAUAUGUUUCUACAGGUAUAUGUUUUCCCACUCUAUUUUAGUUAAAGGCUUUGUUGAAUAAAGAAAUUAUACAAAGCAGAAGUUAAUUUCAAGAACUUCACAGACAGUACUGUGUUAUGUGAUAAAAGAUGAAAAGUAAUAUGUUUAAAAUAAGGGAGCGCUUUUGCAAGUCUCUUACCCAGAAUACAUUUACUGAGGUAAAAUAUAGAAACAAAUGGAGAAAAAGAUUAUUAAAGAAUAAAACACACAAAGACUACAAAUAAACUGUAACACCUCAACACCAGCAGCCACUCAAGGUUUGCUGACGCUAAAAGACCUUCUUUCUGUCUAAAGGAUGGUCAGGCACCCCUAGUUUCUGUUGAGUUACGUUCCCUACAGUUUCCACACAGAGGCCGUCUUCCACUCUGGGAUUUGGCUGUAGGCUUCCUGUUUACUGAGCAGUCCAUCUCAAUAUUCAUAUUCACAAUAUCCACAUUGGAUAUCCAUCAUUUACUUGUAGCCUUUUAUUCAAUUUUGAUAGCACAUUCAAUCUUUAGUUAUAAUAAAUCUGAAUAGAGUAUUUAUGAUUUUCUGUUUUUGAUGAAACUAAUUUUUCCCACUUUUGCUGUUAGUUUAUGUUUUUCAUUUUCAGAUUCUAAUUUAGCCUGGCAAAUCCCAUCCAUUGCUGUAGACAGAUUGAAUAAGCAAACUGUACGCAGUUAAAAGACCAUUAAGAGGUUGAUUGUUUGUGUUUUCAAUUUGAAGCUUCGGUCAAAUGACAGAAGUAGAAUCUACAUAAGCUCCAAGGCAGUUGUCUCAAAAGUUGACAGAAAUGUAUAACUCAUAAUUUUACAGUUGAAUAACAUUUUGAUGUGCUGGAGUAUUGUAAACUGAAAAAAUAAAUAUAUCUUUUUUUACCCCAA